GAGGGGCAGGGCUCUGGGGACAGCCGUGUCCCCAGGGCCCGGGGGAGCGGCCGCCCCACCCGUCGGGGCGGGCUCGGGCAGGCCAGGUGAGGCGGUCCCGGCCGUGCCUCACCCUCCCGCCGCAGCCUCCAGCCCUCGCUCCUGGCCGGCGCUGCGCUGGGGGUGCCGGCGGCAUGGCGGAGUCCCAGGUGCUCCUGCUGGACGAGCUGCACGUCAACGAGAAGGUGACAGAAGACCAGGCCCGCUUCUACUACAGCGAGGAGCAGCGCCGAGCCCUGGAGGCGCUGGUGACCCGCGGCGAGGCCGCGUACCGGGAGGCGCUGAGGAAGGAGCGGCUCCGCGAUUUCCUCUCCGGCCGGGAGCUGCAGGACCUGCGGGCCGGCUGGCGGGGCUACGACGACCCCCGGGAGGGCGGCAAGGUGGCGCGGGGGCCCGGCGGAGAGACGCUGUCGCUGGCCUACUGGCCCGAGUGCUCGGACACCGAGGUGCCCGCGCUGGAUUUGGGUUGGACCGACAAGACCUUCUACCGCGGCAUCAGCCGGGUGUCCCUCUUCACGCACCCGCGCAAAGAGGAGAGCGCGCCGCACCUGAAGGAGGUGGUGCGGGAGAUGAUCCAGCAGGCGCAGAAGAUUAUUGCAGUGGUCAUGGAUGUAUUUACGGACCGGGACAUCUUCCGCGAUAUUGUUGAUGCAGCGUAUAAACGCUGGAUCCCAGUCUAUAUAAUCCUAGAUGAGGAGGGUGUGAAGCUCUUCCUGGAAAUGUGCAGAUGCCUUGACCUCAAUGACUUGCAGAUCCGGAAUAUCCGCAUCCGCUCUGUGACAGGAGUUGGGUUCUAUAUGCCAUCAGGGAAGAUCAGAGGCACGCUGGCAUCCCGAUUCCUGAUGGUGGAUGGUGAAAAGGUGGCCACUGGAUCAUACAGCUUCACGUGGACUUCAUCCCACAUUGACAGAAACAUCCUGCUAGUCUUGACAGGACAACACGUGGAGAUGUUUGACAUUGAGUUCCGUGAGCUCUACGCCAUCUCAGAGGAAGUUAAUUUAUACAAGGAACUGGAUAUUGCUAACCCAUUCCUCCUUGGAAUUGGGAAGCCAGGCUUUCGUUCCUCCACCGUGGCUCGGAAGUUCAUUAACCCAAAGUAUGGCUUAGUAGCAGGGGCAACCCGUGGUGAUAUGAUGCUCUGGGCUUCACGGCACAGGCAAGACAAUCACGGAAACAUGGAAAAGGAGGAAACAAGUGAGUCAAAGAAACGGUUAAAUCAGUUCCUGAAUGACUUAGUCACAUUGGAGCAAGUGUACCCAGAAAUAGAUCCACCUCUGGAGAACUUGAACAAGCUGAAUCGGAGCCCCCAGAAACUGUUGUCUCGGCUCCACAUGGACCUGAAAAACAAAUCCAAAUCCAGAGAGUCUAUUCGUGACAUAAAGAAAGAAGAUGCACAGACCAGUGCAAAGCAAGGAAAACGGUUUGCCAGUGGGCUUUUCAGUCGCAAGGCCAAGCGGUCUCCAGGCUCAAGCAUUGAGGCCAAUUCUUUUGCGAGUGAAGGACAUUCAGGAGAAGACCUUGGGAACAUGAAACUGGAAUAUGAGAGGCUCAGCAUUGGCCAUGCCAGUGUUCGGAGCACUGGAGGCAACUCAGGUAACCUGAAUCCAAACUCCGCUAUGAGUGAUAAAAACAAGCAAUCUACCUGUGUGUUAUCUUGA